AAAGAAUUUAAGCCCUAACGAAUGUAAUUGGGCAAAUUAGUCCAAACAAAGUUAUUAUACGGCAAUAAGUACGGAGUAACACGGCGCGCAAACUGCAGAGGCGGCAGAGCAAUCCCUUAAAUAUACUAUCGUAUAUUGCAGUGCUUUUGUUUUACGAAGUUGUAAUAAUAUCCCAAAAAUUUAGGUUGCCAAGGCUGUCUUCGGAUGUUUUCCCCCAAAAAUCUGGAUUUGCGAUUUUUCUUAAUCGUAGAAUUUAAGAUUCUUCUUAGUCGUAGGUAAGUACGGAGUAUUUUUUUGUCUUCUGAUAUGUAUACUUCUUCUUUUAUACGGAGUAGUUUUCUCAGGCUGGCCUACUAUUUUAUUUUAUUCUACAGUGUAUGGUAUUUUCUGGAUUACCGUUCUAAAACCUUGGUUUAUGCAGGUGCCGCAUACUCUAAUCUUUGGACCCAGAGUCUUCUGAAUAACACUGCUCUAGUUGUCUUUCCAAUGGCAGUCCAUAUGAACAUGGAGUAUGAGGAUGAUGAUGAUUAUGUUGAGUAUGUUCCUGUGGCAAAACGAAAGGCGCUUGAGGCACAGAAGAUCCUGCAGCGAACGGGGGAAUCUACACAGUCAAAAAAGGAAGCUGAAGAGACAAAACAAGUUGAGGAAAAAACAAGUUUGCUUAUGAAGGCUACUCAGCUGAAGAAGGAGAUGCCAGAUGUGAGUGUUGCUGAGCAAAUCUUUCAGCAAGAGAGAGAAAUUAUUGAGCAUCUCUCUGACAGAAAGGCUCUGAUGUCAGUGCGUGAACUUGCAAAGGGGAUUAAUUACACGGAUCCUAUGUUCACCGGUUGGAAGCCUCCAUUAGGCAUCAGAAGGAUGCGAAAGAGGUCUCGUGACUCCAUUCUUAAACAGUGGCACAUUCUUGUGGAUGGAGAUGAUACCCCUCCGCCCAUUAAAAACUUUAAGGAUAUGAGGUUUCCCAAACCAAUACUGGACAAGCUUAAAUCUAAGGGAAUUGUUCAACCGACUCCUAUCCAAGUACAAGGAUUGCCUGUUGUCCUGUCCGGAAGAGAUAUGAUUGGAAUAGCAUUUACAGGGUCUGGGAAGACGCUGGUUUUCGUUCUGCCACUUAUCAUGGUGGCCUUACAGGAGGAGAUAAUGAUGCCGAUUGCGCGUGGAGAAGGGCCAUUUGGAUUAAUCAUUUGCCCUUCUAGAGAGCUAGCACGACAGACAUAUGAAGUUAUAGAAGAGUUUCUAGAGCCUCUAAAGGAGGCUGGGUACCCUGAGAUAAGAUCUCUAUUAUGCAUUGGAGGAACUGACAUGAAGUCCCAGCUUGAUGUGGUCAAGAAAGGAGUUCACAUUGUGGUUGCCACACCUGGAAGACUAAAAGAUAUGCUUGCUAAAAAGAAAAUGAGCCUUGACAAUUGCAGAUAUUUAACACUAGAUGAAGCAGACAGACUAGUAGAUCUCGGGUUUGAAGAUGACAUCAGGGAAGUUUUCGAUCGUUUUAAAUCCCAAAGACAAACUCUACUUUUUUCUGCCACAAUGCCCGCAAAGAUCCAAAGCUUUGCACAAAGUGCUUUGGUCAAACCCAUAACUGUGAAUGUGGGAAGAGCUGGAUCGGCUAACUUAGAAGUUAUCCAAGAAGUUGAGUAUGUGAAGCAGGAAGCUAAGCUGCUUUACCUUUGUCCCUGUGUGAAGAAAACGCCCCCACCAGUUUUAAUAUUUUGUGAGAACAAAUCUGACGUGGAUAAGAUACACGAGUACCUGCUGUUGAAAGGAGUGGAAGCUGUUUCUAUUCACGGAGGGAAGGACCAAGAAGAGAGGGAGUAUGCUAUUUCAUCAUUCAAAGCAGGGAAGAAGGACGUGUUGGUGGCUACUGAUAUUGCCUCCAAAGGAUUGGAUUUUCCUGAUAUUCAGCACGUGAUAAACUAUGAUAUGCCUGCUGAAAUCGAGAACUACAUCCAUAGGAUCGGGCGUACAGGUAGGUGUGGCAAAACGGGAAUUGCCACAACUUUCAUAAAUAAAACUCAGAGCCCGACAACGCUUCUUGAUCUCAAACGCCUCUUGCAAGAAGCUAACCAAAGGAUUCCUCCAGUUCUUGCUGAACUUGAAACUCCUGGGGAAGAUGCUGAUGCCAUCAUCACCAAUGCAAGUGGGGUCAAAGGCUGUGCCUAUUGCGGUGGUCUUGGUCAUCGUAUUCUCGAUUGCCCCAAGCUCGAGCAUCACAAGACCCAGCAAAUAGCCAAUCAAAGGAGGGAUUACUUUGGGUCUGGCGGAUAUCGGGGAGAAAUUUGAUUUAUUCAUGUGAAUACAGCCAUUCUCUGCCUUUAUUGCAUGUGCUACAUUUAAGAAUAUGCUACUCUAUUCUUUAUGUUGUAUAGAUGAGAAAUAUAUAUGUACUUCAAUGAUUAUGUAUGACUGAGAUAUGUUUAACCAAGCGAAGUUUCCUGCCAGCUUAAUAUAUAGUUAUGUUGUUUAGUGCAAUGCAGUGUGGUUACUCCUCUGUGCAAGCGAAGUUUUCUGUUAUAAAAUGUCUUUCCUUCUGGC